AUGAGGCCGACGCAUGCCCUCUCUGUUGGGCGCUACCGCCACCUCAAGCUCACCACCAAAGAUGUCGGCAAGGGCUUCUACAAGGGCAACCGAACAGGGUCCAUGGGUAGCCACAACAAGUACGGAGGAUACCUGAUUGACUGGAACAAGGUUCGCACGUAUGUCGUGCCCAACCUGAAGGAUUUCAAGCUCACGCCCUUUGUGACCCGACAAAUCAAGGAGAACUCGGGAGACUACAAGGGUCUCUCGAAGGGCCCCAGGGAUCCAUUCUUCUAUGUUGAGCAAUGGAAGAGAUACAAUGGCGUUGAUUGA